CGACAUCUCAAUUCCUUAUCGACGACUUGGAUUCUCGAUCUCAUUCCACCCCACACCCACACCCGCCGCGAUUGGGAUAACCUUCAUCCCAGCGCAUCGCCAACAUGCGGUCCAGAGCAUCAGUCAAGCCCUCCCAAUACCCCCCGAUUCCAUUCCAUACCAUUCGCUUGUUCGGCCUGAUUUCCACCUUCAUUGUGGGCAUUAUCUUGGCCGUUUUUAUCAACCAACUGCAUAGCAACAACUACAAGCUCCCGUGGGCUUUCCUAAUCCUCCUCAUAGCCACCGUUUUCUCCCUCCUGAACUAUAUCCUCACCACCCUAACCCACUGCUGCUAUGGCCUCUCUCCGCGCCUCAACCUCGUCACCAACAGCAUCGUCCUCAUCCUCUGGCUUAUCGCCCUCGGCCUCCUAAGCUGGAGCAUGUCCCACACCAUCCUAACGACCUGCAACACAACCUACUGGGGCACCUCCACCGGCAUCAGCGUCUGCAGAAUCUACAAGGCCCUCUUCACCUUCACUAUCGUCGCCGCGACCUCCCACAUCGCCGCCGCCGCUCUGGACGUCAUCGUCUACCGCCGCCAAACCCGCCUGGGCCAAUACGACCCCAUGGCUAGUAGCACCGCUCUCAACGACUACAAGAUGCACAACCGCGACAGCAGCAUUAUGUCCGGCGGCGUUGGUCCCUACCCGCCCGAUGAGGCCGAUCACCCCUAUUACGCCAAUCACCCCCAACAAGAACCCCUGUACCAGCACGCCCCGGAGCCGUUGUACCAUCCCAGCCAGCGGAUGCCGCCCCCUCCUGCGUAUGGGGCUGGCUCGUUGGAGCAGCACCAUGCCGAUGAGGCGGAGGAGUACUCCGAUGCGGCUCCGGUGCAGGGACGUCGGAAGCCAAGAGUGAGGUUUAGUGCUUACGGGGGUACUGCGGGUUAUAGUCAGCCAACGGAGCAGACGAGUUAUGAUCCGGCUGCGUAUCGGUAAAUGAUCGUGUAGGGGGUGGGUGUACGCGUUCCACGAAUGCAGAACGGUCACGCGACCCCCCUGGGACAAUCAUCUGCGUGUUGUCUCUGCGUGAGAGCCAAGUCAGCUUAUCUUGGCUUUUCAAACUGAACUGAUGUGUUACGAUCUUGCAUUGUAAAAUGGGUAUAGUUCCUUGACUUUUGAAUAGGUUCAUAUGCUGGCGGGCGUAAUGCAGGAACUUUUUACUCUUCUUUUAUUUGUCUUCAGCGAUAAUGCCAUUUGAUCUGGUUGUUAUAUGACUUGGAUAGCCUAGUAUUAGAUACCUGA